AUGGGAGCCAUAAUCUCUCUUCCUUUCACAAUUCUUAACCUCCUCCUGCCAUUCACGCGAUCUGGCACACCUCUGUCGCAAGAUCUCUUACAUACAGCAGUCCUCUGCGGCACAUUAUAUUUUGCCCCACAAAUAGGCGAAUGGUACAAUGCGCAACGGCAAGCAGCAGAGGCAGGGUCAGGCCAAAGGGAAGACAAUGGGGAUGCGAAUCGCGCAGUUGAGCCAGCCAUCAGAAAUCAAGAAGAUGCACCAGAACAAGAACAGGGCGAGCAACUCCCCCUAGACGAACGUCUGGUCCUGCAAGACGACGGCACAGAAGCCGCGCGACCACCUCGAGCACCCACACCACCGCCUCACCAGGCCCACGUUGAAGACCUUCCUGAACUUCACCAUCCUCAGCGACACAACCACGAAGAACGAGAAGUCCAACUACCCGACGAUGCUUUCGCCCCGGGUCCCGCAAACCCCCCACCACAACAGAACGCGAACCGCCCACCCCCAACCCAACGAGUAGUCGGCACCAAGCAAGCCAAAUCGCUUGCCCGAAAGGACCAACAGCGCGCAUACAAUGAGUGGCUCCGCUCCGAAGCUGAAAUGCGGCGCCUACAAGAAGCCGAAGGCCGCGAGGAACGCGAGGCAGCUUCUGCAGCAGAAAAGGCUCGGCGAGCAGCCGUAGAAGAAGAAAUUCGGGAAAGAGCGAGGCAAGAACGGGAGGAACGAAAAGCAGAGGAGAAGAGGGAGGCCGAGCUGGAGGCUGCGAGAAGGGAACGGGUAGUUGCAUUUGUGAGAGAGAAGAUGAGGCAGAAGGGCGCCGUGGAUCUUGUGGAUGCGGCGUGGAAUGAGGGCAAGGACAGGCUCUGGGUUGAAAGAUUGAUCAAAGCAAGCGGGCUUAUGCAGCAACUGCAGAAGGAAGGGGGGCAUGUCAUGAUUACAGGGCAAGAUUGGCUUGUCAGGAUCGAUGGCGAUAUCAUGGAGAGAGCGUAUGCGGAGGCCGAGCAACUUGGGGAGAAAAGUGGCGGUAAAGUCAGCUUCGAAGAGUUUGGAGGGAUAGUAGAGAGGGCGGUCUUGGGCGGGGCGGCCGCUUAG